AUGUUCCGCAUGGGCUUCUUUCAGGGCAUCAUCGUCGCCCUGCUGGCCCCUAUCAUCGCAGAAAAAGGAACCGACCUAGAGGACUCUUUGUUGGAGGCUCUGGGCCAGGAAAUCGACAGCGAGGACUGCAGUCUGCUGAACGAGGGGCCCAGCUGCCAAGCAUCGGCCUUCCUCCAGACAGGUGCAGCCCUUCGGUGGUCGGAGUUGAAAACGGAGAAAGCGGAGCUUCCCCGGAUCUCCGCGCCGCUUUCCUUCCUGGAGCUGCAGGAGGAGACCUCAGAGGCCGCCGUGGGCGAGGUGCAUAGCAGCAGCACCGCCGAGGAGGUGGGAGAGAGGAGCUCUCAGAAGGUGGGGGAGGUGCAUAUGGAUCGAUCGCAGGAGCUUCUGAGGCAGUGGCAGGAGGAUGGCGUGGAGCUGUAUGCUGCAGCACAGGCAGCGCCCUCCGUGGGCGGCUUCGCAUCUGAAGCCACAGAAGCUCUUAAGAGCGGCCUGGCCGGCCACCCAGCGAAAGGCAUCACCGGCUUCUCCCUCUGCAUCGCCCUUCUCGUGGUUGUGAGUGUUGCCUCUUUGGCAGCAGUGCUCUACUGGGGCCCUUGGCUCUGGAAGUUAGAUCCGCAGGUGCCUCAGUGGCUGCCGGAGGCACUUUCGCAGGACCUCGUUGCAUGCGAGGCGCAGGCACCGAAGGUCCCGGAGCUGGAGGAAGGGCCUCCCAAGCAGCCGUCGCUUCCUUCCGACCAAGCGGGCCGCCUCGAAAAGGAGGCGAAAGCCCAAACCGGCCCCUCCUCCCGGCAGGCAGAGGCAGGGCUCCAGGACCGGCUCCGGCAGCUGAUCUUGGAGGCGGUGGUGUGCAAGGAGGAGAACCUGGAGCAGGUGUUGCCCUCUGCGGCGGGCUACGACUGUGCUUUGUCCAAGCCCGUGAGCAGCGGCUGUGCCGUGAAGAUGCUCUGCCGCAUUGAGGGCGCUCUACCAGGGGGCCCUCCGCCACUGGGACUUCUCAGAGCACCCCUCAGCCAACGCAGCUGCGUUCUCUUCAGGGCGGUGGCCGAAGGUGCUCUGCCUAAGAAGUCCCAGGAGGCCGUGGACUUCCAGGUCUCCUUGGUUUCCGCCCCAUGGAUCCGCAUCGAUGUCUUGGGCCACGAGGUGAAGCUCCUAGAAACCUCGCCUCUGGCCCAAAGCGAUCAGGAGCUUUUCACGCCCUACCAAGCCUUCAAGGACUUGCCCAAGCACUGGAAGCACUUCGUCUCCCCUCUGCCCGAGCCCAAAGUCUCCUUCCUUCCCCUUCCCCCCCCUCCCGCCGCCACUUCGCCCUCGGCCGAGAGAGAGCUCUUCCGGUUCCGAGAGGAUCUUCUGCAGGUGGGCUCCGAGGUGAUCUUGUGUGGGGAGCUGAUCCGGGACUCCAGCGGCCGAAUCUUCCUACAGCCAUGGCAGGAGAACUUCGAGAACUCCUCCUGGCGUACUUCCUGGGAGUUGGAGGGCUGCCCGGAUCUGAGGCCCGCGGUGCUGGCCACCACGGAGGCUGCUCUGAUGGAAGCACCGGGUAAGGUCCCCAUGGCGGAGAGCUGCUUCGAUGAGUUUGCUGUGAUGGUGCCAUGA